UAGUCCGAACGGCCAGAUAUCAUUUCGUCCUCGCGCAUUCACAUCUUGCAACAACUGACCGCGAUCCAACAACCUUCUCACACGGCCGCUACCACCCGGCGCUCGAGACUUUGCUCAUAAUUUGUCAACGCACUACAAUCAUGUUGUCCAUUUCGUGUAUUUUGCCAUUUUCGAUUCUGCUGGCUCUUGUCGCCGUCUACGCAGCUCCACCGCAAAAGUCCACAGGAGAGUCCACGGCCGCAGCAGCGUCCGCGUCUUCCACGUCGUCAAUCGCGUCCACCAACGGCGCCGACGAAAUAGUCUACGAUCAGAGACAGAAUGGCACAGAAAACGUGCGAAUAAGUCUCAGCGACCUGAAAGUCGUGGUUGCCCCAGCCGACGGCCUGUUCCAAAUUAUGUCCCUGGCUGGAGCUCAAUUGCUCGCAUCCGAUCUUUCGGGAGCGGCUUCUGAACAAGGGCACACCUCGAUCGAUUGUAAUGGUUACAAGUGCAAUAACAGAAAUCGGCAAGCCGCCAAAAAGAAUCGUUUCAAAUUAUCUAGUCUUUUAGAACCAAUACUGAACAAUCGAGCACUGCAGAAAAGCGCAAAAUCUGAUAACAAUAACGUUAAUUGAAAAAACUUUAUAGUUUAAAAAUCCCUUUAUUUUGUAGUUAUGAAGGUAUAAAGAAGGACCUAAAAAUAAAAAUAAUGCUCAAGAAAAAGUUAUUAAUAAUUAGUUUAAGUAUGUACUAGGUAUUUAAAGAAGAUAAGUUAUACACUUAGUUAUUUUCAAUUUAGUUAUAAGUAGAAUGUUACAAUAUCUUGUAAUUUAAUAAGUUUAUUAAAUUAAAUUUUGUUAACCAAAAAAAGCUGAACUGUUAUGAAGUAUAAAUGUUAAUUUUAAUUGCUUCCAUUAUUUUAAAGACUGCUGUAGUGUUUUAAUACUUUAAUUAAAUAUAUCCUUUCUUGCAAAUGUUUUAAAAAAUACAACAAAUUUACAAUUUUAAUGUAUAAGACAAUUUAUUAUUU